AACUGCAUCCGAUUUUGAAAGAAAAAAACAUGGCGGCCACGACGGAAGUUGGCGACGGAGACCAACGGCUGGCAACCAAUCAACCGUCGCCCGUCCAAGUCGCUGGCGCCGUAUGAUCUGCACGUUGUGACGGUUUUAUACAUCGCUUGUAACGGCGCCGAGCGAAGACAUUGGAAUAUCGAACAAAUACACACGUUAUUAAUCCAGCAAAGCGGUGAGCUGUUUGCUCACGUGGAGAUAGUGACGCGAUAACGGCUCGCGAACCGGAGCGAGUUUACGGGACAAGCGGAGAGUUGUGCAUACUAGUGUUAGCUUAGCAACUGGUGAGCUAACAGCUAGCUCUUCUCUUGUUUCCAGGUCAUGUGAUUAAUAACGCGGCACCGUAACAUGGCUGACUCCGAGGAAGCGACUCAGACGGAGGUAACGGAGGGGACCGACGGAGAGUCCAGGGAAGCCGUCUCCGAGCCGGGACCGUCGGUGGACGUUGGAGACCCGGACCGUGUGGGCGAGGCGUCUCCCAGGCUCUCUGAACAUGGAGAGGACCGCGAACCCGAGGAAGAGACAGUCGGCGCCGCUUUGGACCGCGGCGGUAAGCCGGGGAGCGUCUCGGAGUCUGAAAAAGAGGAGGAGGAGGAGGUCGGGGUGACAACCGAGGAGGAGUUUGAGGUGAAAACAGAGGAGGAGUUUCAGGUGAAAACAGAGGAGGAGUUUGAGGUGAAAACAGAGGAGGAGUUUGAGUCCAACGAAGGACACGUGGCAGUAAAGGACGACCGCUCCUUGGGGGACAGUCCUACAGGACCGGAUGCCAGCGAGGACUCGCAUUUGCACACGACCUCCGAGGAGCUCGAGAACACGAACAUGGACACGACGGAGUGCGUCGACACCCAGGAGGAGAAGGAGAAGGAUGAUGAUGAGGAGGAGGAGAAGGAGGAGGAGGAGAAGAAGGAGGAGAAGGAGGAGGAGGAGAAGAAGGAGGAGGAGGAGGAGGAGGCCGACGGUGCAUUGAGGGUCUCUGUGGUGGAUGACCUCGACGAGAUGAUGGACAUCGGCACCGUGGACCAGGUGGAGCAGGAAGCUCAGAUGAGCGAGGAGCAGCCGGGCAGUGAGACGGACGGCAGCCGCUCGCCUUCCGGUGUGAACUCUGGGAACGUCCCGUCCAACCCAGAGGGUCCUCGGUCCUCGGUGACGGAGGACAGUGACUCUGCGGAGGAGGAUGUGAAACCCGCGAUAUUAUCCCCACCUGAGGAGGAGAAGGAGAAGGAGGCUUUGUCCGGCUCGUCUCCGUCGCCUGAAGCCGCGGCCGACACAGGAAGGGACGGCUCAUCAUCACCAGCGAUGAACGGGAUGAAGGAAAGCGUCCGCGUCGCCACGCAGACGGCCAAGUCGUCCCCGUCGCCGCCUUUGGUCAAAGUGAAAGACGAGCCCAUCGACGAGGAGUACGACCACGCGCUGCUACCUUCUGCAAUGACGGCAAGCGUGAAGGACGAGCCGGACACUGAACAGGUGGACCUGAGGAUCGGAUCGGUGUUCUCGGUGCUGCCGGCGCCCGACAGGCCGCCGCGGCCCGUCGUCGGCCCGUCGCUGCACAUGUCCUGUUGCCACUGCAAGAAGAGCCUGAUGAAGGGCCAGACGGCGUUCCAGCGGAAGGGCUCGUCGGCGCUCUUCUGCUCCACCAUCUGCCUCACCACGUCGCUCCCUUCGACCAGAGGCGGCGUCACGAAGAUCUGCAACAACUGCCAGAAGUUGAUCACGCGGCCUCAGGACGUCAUUCUGGCUCCGGACAUCAAAGGCACCAUGAAGGAGUUCUGCAGCCAGAAGUGCCUGAGCUCCUUCAACUCCGGGAGAAACAUCACCAACUUCAAGACGAUCGCCCCCAACAAAACAACAAUAACAACAACAUCACCACCGCAUCCAUCGGGCCCCAAGUCGCUCUGCAGCAUGUGCACAAGAGUCUGCAUCAGCAAACACGAGGUGGUCCUGAGCGGCGCCGUCCACAAGAUCUGCAGCGACGCCUGCUUCAACCGCUUCCGCAGCGUGAACAACCUGUCCAUGGCCGGCUGCGCCCACUGCGGCUCCUACUGCCACAGCCGGCCGCUGAUGCUGAAGCUGGAGGACAGCAACAAGACCCUGUGCAACGCAGAGUGUCUGGCCAAGUACAAAGAGAAUAGGAAGAUAUCCAAGCCGUGCACCAUGUGCCGCACCAGCCACUCGCUGGUCAAGAUGGUCGACAACAAAAACAGCGACGACUCCGUGAACCUCUUCUGCAGCAGCAGCUGCGUGAUGGCGUUCAAGGUCCAGACUGUCAGCGCAUCAGGCGCUCGCUUGAAUUGUGACAGUUGUGGUAAAAACACGGUGCCGGCCUACCACCUGGCCAUGUCCGACACCUCCAUCAGGAACUUCUGCACCCUCCCUUGUGUCAUGACUUUUCAGGAAAAGUUCAAGAAGUCCCAGAAGCAGGUGAACGUCUUCACCAAGCUGCCGAUCGGCUCCUCCCUGGUCCAGAGUGUCACUCCCACCCAACCCCGGCAAGACAUCACCAAAGGGCCGCGGAGACUGAGGUGCUUCCAGUGUGAGAGCAACAUCGCCUUCAAACCGGAACUCCUCCAGGUCAAGGACAAGUUAGUUUUCUUCUGCGGCAUGGACUGUGCUCACGAGUUCAAGAAGGACAACUUCAUCACGAGCCUGUGUGAUUACUGCAAGGUCGAAAAGAUCACCAGAGACGCCAAGAGGAUCAACAACCGCGACUGCUUCUUCUGCAGCGACGGCUGUCAGCUCCUCUACAGACACGACCUGACGAAGAACUGGGGGAGUCACUGCCACUCCUGCGUCUACUGCCACAGCAUGUCCAAGAGGCUGGUGACGGCUCAGUACGGAGGCGCCACGGAGGACUUCUGCUCCGAGGACUGCCGGUCCAAAUACACCGUGCUCUUCUGCCACGUGGCGAAGUGUGACACCUGCGGCCUCAAAGGGAAACUGAAGCAGAGUCUGCCCCUGCUGGGGGAAAUCAAACACUUCUGUGACCUGAGCUGUCUGCUGCACUUCUGCUGCGACACCGUGGCCCUGCAGGGCGACGUCAUCACAGAGGAGCCCACGCCGGUCAUUGGCAACGUCAUCUCGCUCGCUGCCCCUCAGACGAGGAAAUCAAACGCCUCAGGCACCGCCUGUCAACCAAAGACAUGUGAACAUAUCAGCAUCCAAACCGAUGCAGACGCUCCUCCGCCCGCCCCAAAGAUCCUGAAGAACAAGGCGGUGCUCUGCAAACCGCUGGUGCAGAACAAAGGCGUCUCCUGUCAGACGCAGACCGCCGACGCCGGAGCGCAGACGGACGACGUGUACCCUAGGAUCCUGGUGGUUCCGGUCCCGGUGCCGGUGUAUAUCCCGGUGCCCAUGAACAUGUACAGCCAGUUUGUUCCCAAAGCUCUGGGCCUGCCGCUCCCGGUGCCCGUACCCGUGUUCCUCCCCGUGACCAUGGACAGCGCUGAGCGCAUCAUGGAAACCAUCCAGGAGAUCAAGCAGAAGAUCCCGUCGGACCCCUUCGAGGCCGAAAUCAUCCUCAUGGCCGAGAUGGUCGCGGAACAGAAUGAGAAGACCGACAAAGGGAAGGGGCCGAAGGAGAAGAAAGUAUCGGAGAAGGAGAAACCAGAAGCGGCCGCUCCGGGCAACCACGGCAGCGACUUCAGCGACGACUUGGACACGGACGACUUGGACAGUUUCCUCAACAACUGGGAGGACGGCCCCUCCGCCAUGCUGGACCUCCCCGCGGGCGCUACCGCCGAGCCUGACUCCGAACCCCCGCCGUCAGCCCCUCCGCCCCCCAUGGACCUCGAAGCUGACUUCGCUGUUGAAACUCUGGAGAGGAUGUCCCGGUUGAGAGAGCAAUCCCUGAGCCUGCCUCCGCCUGCAGCCACGCGCCGCCGACAAGCUCACAGGAAAGCCCGAGGAAAGAAGGGUCGUCAGCGGCCGUCUAAGGCAGCCGAAGCGCCGACUCUAAAAGCCGCCAUCAAGGCUCCAGACGUCCCAAAGCUGGAGAGCCAAUACGGAGUUGACGCCUGGAAGCGAUGGAUCCAGUGGAGGCAAACUCAGUCCAACCUGGAGAAGCCCCGCUUCGGCUCUCGGCCCAUGGAGCUGAAGGAGGAUGUUCUCGGCUCCACCACCGCCGAGCUGAGCUACGGCCUCUGCUGCUUCAUCACGGAGCUGAAGCGGCCCAACGGAGAGCCCUACUGCCCCGACAGCCUGUUCUACCUCUGCCUCGGCAUCCAGCAGUACCUGUUUGAGAACGGCCGAUUGGAGAACAUAUUCACGGAUCGCUUCUACAACAAGUUCUCCACCGAGUUCAAUAAUCUGCUCAGAGAUUUCAAACCCUCAAUCACAGCCAGUGGUUACAUCCACUCCCGAGUGGAGGAGGGCUUCCUGUGGGACUGCAAGCAGCUGGGCGCGUACUCCCCCAUCGUGCUGCUCAACACGCUGCUCUUCUUCUGCUGCAAGUACUUUGGCUUCACCACGGUGGAGCAGCACCGCCAGCUGUCCUUCGCCCACGUCAUGCGCUGCACCAAGACCGACCCCGACAACACCAAGACCACCUUCCUGCGCUUCUACCCGCCGUUAUCCAUAAACGAGGCAGAGACAGAUCCAGAGGUUCCCGCUAAGAAGCGUCGGGAGGAGGAGAGCAAAGAGGAUGUUCUCGAGAUGAUCGAGAACACGGAGAACCCUCUCCGCUGUCCAGUCAGACUCUACGAGUUCUACCUCUCCAAGUGCUCGGACUCGGUCAAGCAGCGCACCAACCUGUUCUACCUUCACCCCGAGCGCUGCUGCGUCCCCAACAGCCCCCUGUGGUUCUCCUUCGCCCCUCUGGACGACAGCACCAUGGAGGGCAUGCUCGUCCGCAUCCUCACCAUCAGAGAACUGCAUCUGGGGAAGAGGAAAGCUGAAGGGAAGAGGCAGAAGACCUCUGCGGACCCUCUGUUCAUACCACCCGACGAGGAGGAAGACGGGGAUUCGGAGUGAUGAGGAGCAGAAGUUACCUUUUUAUCGGCGUAGCAGCUAGUCGUGUAAAUGUUUGUAGAUAAACGGAGAUGUUCAUUUUGACAUGGCCCAAGAACAGAAAUGGACAACAUCAAUAUAUCAUAUGCAUAACUACAAUGUGCAGAAGUGCAAAGAAAGUCCUACUUCCUCGAGCACGUGUUGUGUAGGUAGUUUGGUACUGGGAUACAGAACUCUGCAUUCAGACUGUUGACGACCACAUAUUCUCUUAAUUCUGUUGGUGUGAGUAAAAGACCCGAAAACACAAACUAAAAACCGCUUUCUGUGAUAUAUCGUCGACCAUCAUUGAUAAACCUGCAAUAAGGUUUGAUUUUUAAUAAUGUAUCAAUAACAGGAUUGUAGGUCACAGAACACAUUUAUUUCCAGACCCAAUAUCUGUUGCUGCUUUUAUACCCUGAGGAUAUUUAGGAAGUAGACUUCAUAACAAAAAUCACUGAUUUGAUCAUGUCAAAGUGUGACGUCACUCGUUCCUUUUAUAUCUACUUGUAUAAUUCAUUGCCCAACUUGCCAUUGUAACAUUGCAUUUACACAACAUAUUUUAAUUCAUCAGACAAUCUGACUUUAGAUCUUGUCACUUGAUUGUGAGAUUCACGAGUGACACCUGCUUUUUGUCUUUCAUGUUAAAUUAAAGAAUCAAACCGUUUUCUCCACUUCCUUCUGCCUCACCAGUAGAAAUCAACAGAUUGAGUGUCCAAAUAUUUGGAUUAAAACAGUUUGGGAUAUCAUGUGUAUACAUUUAAGCUACAUUUUAGCACUUUUGUUAAACACGCUGAAAUGAAGAAAAUAAUUAAUGUGUUGUGUUGACUUCAUUUUUCACAUGCUGUUUCAUCCAAGCCUCCUCUGACACUGACUUUUGCAUCACCAUCACUCUGUCCUAUCAACACCAAGUAGCCUACAUACCAUUUAUGUACAUCUUGGUUAUAUUAACUCCCACUCCUUCGUAUGGCUGCCAAUCUUCUGAAUAUUUUCUAUUGUAUGUUUAAAAAAAAUAAAAUAAUUCAAAACAUUU